AUGAACUCGGCAAUAGCUGCUGCAGAUAGUUCCGGAUCUGGCAUGGGGGAGGGCGGUGUGAUUUCAACUGUCUUUGCCAUCGCAUUCCUGCUAGAGGGGGGGUGCGACCAUAAACGUGUCCUGCUAUCCUCUACGACUUCAGCUGCAUCUUCUGUACAUUCGAGACUCAGCUCAUCUGCACACGGAGCGACCUCAGCAGAGAAUUUGGCACCCAGCCGACUGGGAGGGCAUGCCCUCUUUCAGCCUGGUUCCGCUCUCCCGUCCACACAAUCAAAGCCUUUAACAGCUUCAUUGGCGGGUGCAAGAGCUGGCGGAGGAUGUCACAGGGUGUCGUUUCUCCCAUUCCCAAGAUCCGUGAAGUCAGAGAUACAGAUACAGAAAAGGCGUUACCACUAG